CUGUCCUCGACUCCGUCAACAACAAAAAAAACAUAAGUCUAAAGUAAUUUCGUUGUUCGUAAAAAAUUUAAUUAUAAUUAUCCAAUAAAUUAGAAAGUUUUGACAAAUGCUUACUUAUUAGCAACGAAUUAAAUGAUAGAAUGUUAUAGAAAGAGAAAAAUACAGAUGCAGUGCAGUGUCAUGUGCUCUCAAAAUGUUAUUGUUAGAAAAUCAUGAUGGUGGUACCUACUAAUUUUUUUUUUUGAAUAAAGACAACCACGAUAUUUCAGCAAAGACGUAAAGAUGGGUAACUGCUUUAAGAGGUCCACGACAGAUGAUAUUUCUCUUUUAAGAGGCAGUGAUAGUGUUAGAGAGCCAUCCUCAGACCCUGUGGGGCCCCCAAGUUACCAGGAAGCAUUGUCAGUUCAAAGCUCACCACCAAUUUAUCAUCCUUCUCCAAGUCUCACUCAGUCGGCAACACAAUUGAGUGAGGAGGAGCAAAUAAGAAUUGCUAAGAGAAUUGGACUGAUCCAACAUUUACCAACUGGAAAAUACGAUGGGAGUAAAAAAAUAAGAGAGUGUGUUAUAUGCAUGGGAGAUUUUAUGGUGGGCGACGCAUUAAGGUAUCUACCCUGCAUGCACACCUAUCACAUGACAUGUAUUGAUGGCUGGCUCAUGCGACGCCUUACUUGUCCUAGUUGUAUCGAACCUGUAGACGCAGCUUUACUGACCAGUUACGAGACCAACUGAUGGAGAUGGCCAGUGCCUUGUUUAGUUUAAAGUUUACUCCUGCUGGGUCGGGAUUAGCAGUGAGCUAUGGCAUAUUUUAUUCAACAGAAACUUUACAGCUUAGCUGCCUAUUUGAUUAAAAAUAAAAGGCUUGUCUGAACUGGUAAUGAUAGCUGCCAUUCACAUUCAAACAAAAUCACACUUAUCACAAUUAUUCUAUCAAGAAGGUUCUGAAAGACGAAGUAGGCAAUUGAAUGUUGGACUGAAAGGGUUAAUCUUCUCAAAUACUUCCACCCACUUUUUUUUUCUAAAAAUAUUGUCACGGAUUCCGGGUUCACCAAAACUCACUAUACCAACAGUACCGUCAAGAUGCACCACCUGCAUCUUACCUUUGGAGCCACGUUGGAGUCGAUAUACCACAUCGUAGAGUUUCUUUAUAAUUGUAUAAAGGCAUUAAACUAAACUACAUAAAAUACAUUGAUAAUAAAAUACUUGCGCAUUCCGGGUAAAACAUUGUUAGAGAAAGGAGUGGGCGAAUUACUUAUAUUAUUGGAUCACAUCAGUAUAAUAAGCUUCAACUUUUUGGUCUCUUAGAGGCUCACUGUCUCACAGCCCGUCUUGACUACAGUGGCUAAAUAAACCUUUACAAACACUAGCGACAAUAGAGGUGCCGCCGCCAUUUUCUGCCCACCCUUUGGUAAAUUUGAAUAUGAAUUAAUGGGAUUUAAAUGGACAUCCAUCAUAAAAAAUUUAAAACGACGUAUUUGAUGUGCCUAUAAUAAUAGUCAUCAAAUACGUUGUUUUCAAUUUUUGGAUGUCCAUUUAAAUCUCAUAUAUUUAUAUUCAAAUUUACCAAAGGGUUGGCACAAAAUGGCGACGUUUUCCAUAUGAAUAUAUAGGAUUUUAAAGAACCAAUCAAGAAUAAGACAGCAAUUGUCGCCACUGUAGUAAUAGAGUCACUGUAGUCUUGACUGUCUCUUCUUGGACAGGGCUCACUCCCGCCUCCGCUUCCAUAUCCUUGAAUUUCACAAUGCUGGGCUUGAAGGCCUUUGGCAAUACUGAAAUUUUGAUAGUUUAGGCUAUAGUGACUAUUAAACCACAGUGGCGACAAUUGCCGUCUUAUUUUUGAUUGGUUCUUAAAAAUCCUAUAUAUUCAUAUGGAAAACGCCGCCAUUUUGGGGCUUACCUUUUGCUACUUUUAAAUAUGAAUAUUGUAUAGGAUUUAAAUGGGCAUCCGUCAUGAAAAAUGGAAACAACGUUCGAUUUGCCUGAUGAUAGUCAUCAAAUUCAAAUACGUUGUUUUCAAUUUUUUAUGAUGGAUGUCCAUUUAAAAUCCUAUAAAUUAAUUUUUAGAAGUAGCAAGUGGUAAGCCCCUAAAUGGCGCCGGGACCUCUAUUGUCGCCACUGUUUGGAAGGCUUUAGUUAGUCACUGUAGUUCAGGCAAAGCAACAAAUUCAACAUCAUAGACAUAGAGUCCAAGAAAAUGGGUAGUCUAUUUCACCCAAAACUAAAUCGACGUGUAGUUUCGCCUAUUCUCACUGGCGGCGGCGGGCCCUUCUAAACUUACACUAAAAUUGAUGUCUUUCACUGUUAUAUGUAAUUGGGGCCUCCAAAAAAUCACUCAAAACCGAUAUCGUUGAUGAACGUUUUACGACUGCGAACACCGCAUUCGACGCGGAAAGUGGAAUUAUUCAAUGAGUAAGUAUAUCUUAUGGCAUUCCAUCGAUAACCAUAGUUUAAAUGACUUGUUGAAGUUGCACUACUUGAGGAUCAACUUUUUAAAGAUUUUUUUUUUUGUUUCUGUCAGUCAAAUUUGAAUAAAACUUCGUAUGCGAUAUUUUUCAAGAAUUGGGCCCCCAAUUUGGUUCCAAUUGCCAGAUCAAUUUGCGCUAUAGUUCCUUUAGUCUAGGAAAAUUGUCGAUUUUCAAAAAAAAAAUUCCUACCCAAAUGAAUUUUUCAGGGAUGAUAGGGGGCAUGAUCAUAAAACCGAAGAUAUCACACAUUCACCCCUCUGGCGUUUUGCGCUAUAAGGGUUGAAAUUGCGCCAUUGGCGAUUACUUGGUACCUAUUGAUUUUACACAAAAAUGUUUCAAAUAAAAGAUGUGCAACAUUAUUUGAUCUACAAAGUUUAUCUGAGGACUUUUUUGAUUAAGAGCCAUCUGUGGUCAUAAAGGCCGUUUGAAAUUUUAUAAUGAAAAUGAAAAAUUUUAAUCAACGUGAAAAAAUUUUCUACAACACAUACAACAUUUUUGCUUUAUGAAGUUUUUACUCACCCCCUGCCGUUUUUCAAUAGGGGUAGUUUAAAUUUUUUUUAUUUUUUCACAAAAAAAUUUUCCUAAUAAAAGUUUUAUAAGAUUACAUUUCCUACAAUUUUUCCAUAUCAACUUUUUUUGUAACUCAGUCCCAUUCGGCGGGGGGACACUUCCCUCAGGGAAAUUUUAGUUUUUAGGAGUUAAUAUUAAUUUUUUUUUCUUUAAUCGCCUUUAGUGCAUAUAAAAAGUCGCAAUUAACAUUGUAUUAUACGAAGGCGUAGAGGGGACAUUUAUUAAACUUUUAUUUGCUGAUAUAGAUGCACAAUUAAUUUCGUGUUAACUAACUCGGAAUAAAUGCCUUCUUAAUUAAUUCCGUGUUACUAACUCAGAAUUAAUCCCCUCCUAUUUAAUUCCAUGUUAACUAACUCGGAAUUAAUGCCCUCCUAUUUAAUUCCGUGUUAACUAACUCGGAAUUAAUCCCCUCUUAUUUAAUUCCGUGUUACUGGCUCGGAAUUAACCCCCUUUCAUUUAAUUCCGUGUUAACUUACCCCGAAUUAAUCCCAGGCCUGGAUUAAGGGGGGUUCUAGGUUCUACCGGUUCUAUAGAACCGGGCCCAACGUUCCAAGGAGCCCUCGCGAGAUUGAAGAUCAGAAAAAAAAAUUUAAACUUGAAUAUACAAGAAACAUUUCCAAAAUUCUCCCAAAAGCUGGCUUAACAAGAUUAUAAACCAUCAGCCCAUAAAUAAAGUUUGUUUUUUAUUUAAAGAUAAUUCCCCAAGUCAAAAAUUUAGCAACUAUGUUGGCAACACAAGCCUUUUCUACAUAAAAAAUUUGAAAGCAUUGACAAUUUUACAUUGUAUUGCCAACAUAAUGUCAUUUUGACUUUUAUCUUUAAAAAAAAAACAGACUUUAUAUAUUGCCAUAUUGAAUCACAACAUGGCUCAAUAGGUUGAAGCUUAAAGCAAUUGAACCUGUUCUCGAUCUCGAUAGUUGGCGCAGUGAACCAAUAAUAUGACCUUAAUAUUAAGGCUGGGUUCGGUAAUUGCAUCUGCAACCAAAAAGAGCAAAUUUUGACAGAUGUUAUGUGAUUUGGCACAUAAAAAAAGAUAAGUGAUCAUGUGAUGUCUGUCAAAAUUUUCAUUAGGUUUGUUCCAACCUGCAAUAAUAUUACUGUAAUAUUAUCGUCCGUAACCGCGCUAAUGCGACUGCGCAAUCAAAAACAGUAAUAUUAUACUAAAUAACUUAAAAACUUGUUGGAACGUUUUUUGAACUAGUAGUACUCACAACACAAGAUGAAAAUAACAAAAUCAACAUAACUUGCAUACUUGCAGGUGAAUCAUCUUCCACCACAAUAAGAAAUUCUUCUAAACCUAAUAAUAUAAGACAAAAAUCAGAUUUAUUAACUCUGAGAACAAAUAAAAUAAAAUUACUUAACUUCUAUAGCAGUCAUUUUCAAAUAAAUAAUUUAUAUAAACAAAAAACUGAGGUUCUGGGUUAUGUAUUAUUAUUUAUGUUCGUUGUUGUUCAACCACUGACCCGUUUUCGACCUCACUACGCAUGCGUCUAAUUUUAGAACCAACAGUUCUUCCUUUCAAGCAAGAAUCGUUUGAACCGUAAUUUUACUAUCCGUAACUCCGGUUGGAACGACGAACUGUCAAUUAUCGCCAAUUCUAAAUUAGUAAUUUUAACUGGUUGGAACAGCAUUUCACAAUUGCGCAUGUGUGCCAGUAAUAUUACUGGAAAUUACUGCCGGUUGGAACAAACCUAUUAUUUCCAUUUUCUGUUAUCUCUAUUUCAUGUCUUACUUUAAACCCUAAACCACGACAAUAAAUUCAUAAAACUUAUUGUACCUAUUUGCUGUAAUUAUAGAUCUGUUUCUGCAGAAAUCACAAACCAGUCAGAGUGAAUUUCAUUGGUUGAAACUAGUUUUCUGACUGUUAUGAACCAAUGAAAUUCGCACUGACUGGUUUUCGAUUUUUGCAGAAACAGACCUAUUGUCAACAUUUUAAAGUAUGACAAUGGGGUACCUACUUGCCUGAAAAAUUAAAUUGAUUACCUAUUGUUUAUUGCAAACUGUAGGAAAUCGAAAAAAAAUCGAGGCGUGUUUUUUUUUUGUUCUAGGACGAUUAUUCGGGAAAUCAAACAAAUAUUAGGUUUUGUAUAUAUAGAUAUACUGAGCAUGUGCGACGUCAUCAAUCCAUAUGAUAAGUGACAAAUUUCAUAGCGUUGUAUUUCCGUCAAUUUUUGACUAAGAAGAAAAAUAAAAAACGCGUGUUGACUUAUAUUUUAUAGACUAACGAAAUUAGCUAUAAAAAAAUUGAUGCAAGUACCAUUGUUGAUGAGGAAGAAAAAAGUUGUCAAAUAUGCACUCAUAGAAAAAUCCGAUUAGGUAUAUAGAAAGUGCUCUUCUGCGCAAAAGGUGUGAAAUAUACAUGCGUGCUUCGUAUCACACUGGGAUUUGUCUUAUGCGACGCACCAUAAUCAUAAACAAAGCCCCGAGAGUUACGGAGCAUCUCCUCUAGACCGCGCGCUCUGUACUACACAGGGGUUUGUUCGACGCGACCCAGCGUAAUCAAAAACAAAGCCUCGAGUGAUACAGAGCAUCUUCUGAACCGCGCGCUCUGGUACUAUACAAGGGUGUGGUUGGCUCCCUUAAUCCAGGCCUGGGAUUAAUUAUUUGGGGUUACUUAACACAGACUCAAAUGAGAGGGGAUUAAUUCCGAGUUAGUAACACAGAAUUAAAUAAUAGGGAAUUAAUUUCGAGUUAGUUAACACGAAAUUAAAUGAGAGGAGAUUAAUUCCGAGUUAGUUAACACAGAAUUAAAUAAGAGGGGAUUGAUUCCGAGUUAGUUAACACGGAAUUAAAUAGGAGGGGAUUUAUUCCGAGUUAGUUAACACGGAAUUAAUUGUGUAUGUAUACCAGCAAAAAAACAAUUUAAUAAAUGUCCCUUCUACGCCUUCGUAGUAUUAAAAGGAUUUUUUUUUUCAUCACCUUUUUGUUUUUAGAGGUAGUUCGUCUAUUUUCAACUUUACGAAAAAAAAUUAUAGAGAAAAUUUGUUCAAAAUUAUAAAAUGAACAAGUUUUCUUAAUAAUUUUUUUUUGUAAAGUUGAAAAUAGGCAAACUACCCCUAAAAACAAAAAGGUGGGGGAAAAAAAAUCCUUCUAAUACAGUGUUAAUUGCAACUUUUUAUAUGCACUAAAGGCGAGAAAAGAAAAAAAUUAAUAUAUACCCCUAAAACUAAAAUUUCUCUUAGGAAAGUGUCCCCCCGCUGAAUGGGGGUUAGUUACAAAAAAAGUUGAUUGGAAAAAAUUGUAGGAAAUGUAAUUUUAUAAAACUUCUAUUGAGAAAAUUUUUUUGUAAAAAAAUUAAAAAACUUUAAACUACCCCUAUUGAAAAACGGCAGGGGGUGAGUAAAAACUUCAUAAAGCAAAAAUGUUGUAUGUGUUGUAGAAAUUUUUUUCACGUUGGCUAAAAUUUUUCAUUUUCAUUAUAAAAUUUCAAACGGCCCUGAUGACCACAGAUGGCCCUUAAUCAAAAAAGUCCUCAGAUAAACUUUGUAGAUCAAAUAAUGUUGCACAUCUUUUAUUUGUAAUUUUUUUGUAAAAUCAAUAGGUACCAAGUAAUCGCCAAUGGCGCACUUUCAACCCCUAUAGGGCAAAACGCCAGAGGGGUGAAUGUUUGAUAUUUUCGGUUUUAUGAUCACCCACCCGCCCCCUAUCAUCCCUGAAAAGUUCAUUUGGGUAGGAAUUUUUUUUUGCAAUGCAUGUAUGUUUCGACUAUUUUCCUAGACUGCUUCUUUCGUCGAGUAUCGGGCGGCGAACGUCCGAACUCGAAUCGAACCGAAACGACGUCAUAAGAGUUUUUCUGGUCUCUGGUCACUCCAAGCAAACCAAAAUUUUGCGCUACGAAUUUACAAACGUGCUGAGGUCGUUAUUUUUCUAAAGAUUACUAUGGCACGUGCAAAGAAAUAUCCACGUGAAUCUGUGGGAGGCAAAACCCCCCCUUGAGCGCUCGCAACCAAGCCUGAAAAAAAAGCGCCCCCAGUCUUUGGAGGCGUGAAGAAGCCGCGCAGAUUUCGUCCCGGCACUUUUGCCCUGGGAGAAAUUCGUCGUUACCAGAAGUCAACCGAUUUGCUGUUCCAUAAAUUACCGCUACAACGACUCGUGAGAGAAGUCGCACAACACUACCAACUGGACAUACGUUUCCAGGAAUCUAGUGUAUUGGCUUUGCAGGAAGCCUCUGAAGCCUACUUGGUCGCUUUGUUUGAAGAUGCAAACCUUCUAGCUCUCCAUGCAAAGAGAAUUACGAUUAUGCCCAAGGAUCUACAAUUGGCUUGUCGUAUUAGAGGCAAACAAAAUUAUUGUUUCAAGGAAAAUUAAUAAACAAAAAAGUUCCAACAUUAUUAUAGUAAUCGUUAAAAAAAUUAGCCAUUGUUUCUUUGUUAUUAUUCUUGUUAAUUUUUUGAACGAUUUGCCUUCAUCUUGUGCAGUAGUUACCCCAAAUUUAGUAACAAUAUAUGUAUUUUUUUUUCUUGUUUAAAAAAAAAAUCUUUAAAAAGUCUUGGGGGAGAUGUUAACCCUCAAAUGCAAGUUCAACAAGUUAUUUAAACUAUGGUUAUCGAUGGAAUGCCAAAAGAUAUACUUAACGAUUUAUAAUGAAACUGGUGUAUAUAAUUGUCAUGAGUAAUUACGAUUCUCAUAGGAUUUCAUUUCAAACUAGGUCAAUAACAAAAAAUCAUGAGUUGAAUUUUGGAGAAAACUGCAAAGAAUGUUUAUUGAAUAAUUUCACUUUCCCCGUCAAAUGCGCUGUUCGCAGUCGUGAAACGUUCAUCAACGAUAUCGGUUUUGAGUGAUUUUUUGGAGGCCCCAAAUACCUACAUAACAGUGAAUGACAUCAAUUUGAGUGUGAGCUCACGUAGGUACCAAUUUAGUUUUGGGUGAAAUAGACUACUUUCCACUUUCUUGGACUCUAAACUGCAGAAAGUUUGUGAUUGGCGGCAGAUCAUGUACCUUAAAAUUUGUAGAUGCAUUGGAAAGAGUUUUAACAAAUCAUGUUACUUACACAAAAUGUUGAAUUUGUUGCUUUGCCUAAACUACAGUGACUAAAUAAACCCUUACAAACAGGGGCGAUAAUAGAGGUACCGGCGCCAUUUAUAGGAUUUUUAAUAGACAUCCAUCAUAAAAAAUUGAAAACAAAGUACAUAUUUGAAUUUGAUGACUAUUAUUAAGUAAAUCAAAUGCGUUGUUUUCAAUUUUUUAUGAUGGAUGUCCAUUUAAAUCCUAUACAAUACAAUAAGAAAAGAGAAUACCUAUAUUGUUACUAAAUUUAAGGUUACUACUUUACAAGAUGAAGUCAAAUCGUUCAAAAAAUUAACUAGAAUAAUAACAAAGAAACAAUGGCUAAUUUUUGUAACGGUUACUAUAUUAAUGUCGGAACUUUUUUGUUUAUUAAUUUUCCUUGAAACAAUAAUUUUGUUUGCCUCUAAUACGACAAGCCAAUUGUAGAUCCUUUGGCAUAAUCGUAAUUCUCUUUGUAUGGAGAGCUAGAAAGUUUGCGUCUUCAAACAAAGCGACCAAGUAGGCUUCAGAGGCUUCCUGCAAAGCCAUUACACUAGAUUCCUGGAAACGUAUGUCCAGCUGGUAGUGUUGUGCGACUUCUCUCACGAGUCGUUGUAACGGUAAUUUACGGAACAGCAAAUCGGUUGACUUCUGGUAACGACGAAUUUCUCUAAGGGCAACAGUGCCGAGACGAAAUCUGCGCUGCUUCUUCACGCCUCCAAAGACUGCGGGCACUUUUUUUUCAGGCUUGGUUGCGAGCGGCUAAGGGAGGGCUUUGCCUCCCACAGAUUUACGUGGAUAUUUCUUUGUACGUGCCAUAGUAAUCUCCAAAAAAUAACGACCUCAGCACGUUUGUAAAUUCGUAGCGCAAAAUUUUGGUUUUUUUGGACCAGAGACCAGAAAAACCCUUAUGACGUCGUUUCGGUUCGAUUCGAGUUCGGACGUUCGCCGCCCGGUACUCGACGAAAAAAGGAACUAGAGCGCAGAUUGAUCUGGCAAUUGGAACCAAAUCGGGGCCCAAUUCUUGAAAAAUAUCGCAUACGAAAUUUUAUUCGAAUUUGACUGACAGCAAUGUAAAUUAAACGAGAAGCGUUCGAAUUUAUAUCGAAUUCCGUAUGCGAUAUUUUUCAAGAGUAGGGCCCCUCCUCUGCUGGUCUGUGCUGAGGCCCAAAACUUCUCCAUCCAGGACCUAGUUGCUGAUGAAUUCGUGGUCUCACUGGUUAUCUAGGUAAUGGGGUAAUGGCAUUCUGCCUAUAUUACUUCUCCACUCGCCUUUACCUCGUAACAAAGAAGGGCCAUCUCUAGCAUACAAUUGCUGCUGUGGCAUGCUAUUGCUAUUAGCAAUGCCUAGAGGUAUGGUUUCCAUGUUCUGUGGUGUAUCUUGAACAGUAUAACUUGUAUUAAUAAGUCUCCUACCUCUUGGUUGCGUUUUUUGCCUUCUGUAAAUUUGCUGUUUUGAAUAUUUGCAAAUAGUUUGCUUAAAAUGUAUUGUUUUUGCUCUGGCGGUUCCUCUCUAUUGGCGGCAUUGGCUAGUUUGACUCGGGAUGCAUCAAAAUCGCUUUAGCAGUAGAUAAUAUAGGCGGUGGAGGUGGAGUUGAAGGCUCUUCAACGAUUUCUGCUCUCCGGCAUAGGUAUUAUUAGUCUGAUAUCUGUGUCCUGACUACCAAAAAGCUCGUUCAAAUUUGUUCUCUUUUUGCUCAACACCAGCCUUAGAUUCACCUCCAUUGGUAGUUGAUGUUUUUCAGUUGAUCCAAGUGAUGGUGCUGCUUCAAUGGUGUUCUUAUUUUCAGGACUCUUGCAUGAAGAUGUUGAAUUUCUUGCACAGGAAUAUCAGCCAAAUUUUGACUAAUGUAAUUCUGACUUCUACUCCGAUUAACAGUUUCAACAUUAGGUUCACUGCUAAAAGAUUCUUCGUUGUGAAAGGUUUCUCGCAUUUGGUGUCAUAGUCCUGAGAUCUUUUAGAUUCUGGUUUGUCUCGGUUCUCAUUUUUACUACCGCUACUCGAAUGGCUCUUAGUUUUCAUAUGCGAAUCGUGACUACUCGACUUGCUACUAUUGUAGGCGGACUGUUAGUAGUUUCAGGGGAAUAAUUUAUAACUGUUAUUAUUAUUAUUAGAUAAACACUUUUGGAUUUUUUGUCAACUUCACUUGUCAUACAGAGAUAGUUAGGGUUAUUCAUAUGUAGUACUUUAUUAGUUGUGAUUUUAUUACUUCCAAGAGAAUGGGCCUGACGGCCGCCGCCAAUUUGCUACUAUGAAGUCGUUGAGUACUUCCUAUAGCCCUGGAUUUUGUCAUUACUUCAGGCAUUAUUUCUAAUGCUACUACGGGUUUUAGGAAGAUGUUCUUAUCAACUAGAGUCGCAACACCAGUUGCAAAGUUUUUUUCUGCGGCUCCAAAAACUCCUCCUGUUUUUGAAGAAUAUCUUAUUUAAACUGACUUCUAUAUUACAAAGCAGGCGGUCAUUAAAAGAUUUAAAAUUGAAGGAACCCUUUCAAAAGUACAUAUACAGAAGGGAAUUGGAUUGUUCUAGUAAUAAGAAUUGUAUUUUAUAAGUUUGAUCGCCAUAAGCACUUUCAGCAUCUUCCUGAUAGCUAUGUCGUUGUCAGGCCUGGAGACGGAUCAUCCUAUCUUGCAAAUUAUAUAAAAGUAGUUAAAAAGAUAUCUCAGUAUAUGUUUAAAUCCAACAAUAUAUUGUCAGCUUGACUUCCAGAUUCUCCUGGAUAUUUUAUAUGUAUAAAUUAACCAUAGUCAUCAUAUCAUAGUCAUAUUUAAUUCCCUCUUGUGUUAAAAUUUGAAUUUUCAGAUUGUUGCGGAUUUGUUUCGAACCUCCAGUUUAGACAAGCCUUUAAAGUUGAUUCUUGGUUUGGAAGCUAUAAGAGUUCUGUAAAAAGCUAGGCGAAGGGUAAACAUUUUAUGUUUCAAUAUUUAGAAAGCAUUUCAAUUAAGGUCGUCUUCAAACCAAGAAUUUCAAGUCAAAUGUAUUUAAUAAUUUAAACUAGGACUACAGUUUAUAUACCGCAUUAAUUUGCACAUGCUUAAUAUCAAUAUUUUUUAGAUUUCAGUUUUAAGGUUGUGAUUUACCUAAAUUUAUAACAAAAUUUUCGUUUGUAAAUUUUUUUGUUGGAUAAUAAUAGCGGAGUAAUAAGCCAAAGAAUGGAUUCUGGUAUUGUAUCUGGUUGAUUUUAAAUAAUUGUUUGGGCUUGUGAAGGGAAUUUGGUUAUUAAGGUGCAUGAAGUAACCUAAUAAUGAUGCUGAUAAGUGGACAAUACAUUAAAAAGAAUUUAAUAUCCGCUAUUUUUACUCCGUAGUGAUUAUUUUACUAAAUUAUUUGUGGCGAUUGUCUUAAAUUUCCGUAUUUGCCUAGCUUCUGAUACAUUUAAAUAUAGAAAUACUGUGAUCUGUAAUUUUUGUCUGAAUGAUACAUCACUUUUGUCUGGCUGUGAAUUUCGUCAAGCUUGGAAAUAUCUGGAUUUCUGAUAAUCAGGAUGUUUUUUUUUUUUUUCUAAAAGAUAUUUUUUUUGUCAAAAGCAUAUAGGUAUUCGUAGAGGUUAUGUGGAUAAGUUAGUUUUGUUCCAAAAUAGCAUAAAAGUAUUUAAGUUUAUUUUGCAUUUCAUUUUCAACACAUUCACUGCCUAUAAUGUUUUCAAAUGUCAAUGUAUGCUUGGCUUGUAUGGAAGCGUACUUAUAUGUUCAAUCUUCAGGUUUAAAGUGGAUGAGGGUUACUUUUAUCCGUUAUUGACACUGAUUGGGAGCUUCAGGACAAUCAGGUUGAAAACAGAUGUUGGUCUCUGGGCAAGGAAUGUGUUAAUGUUGAAAUUAUUAUCAAAAACUGGAAACUAUUUUUUUUUUCUAUAAAUUCCUUUGUAAAUUUUAGGCCUUUGAUUCGUUUAGAAUUUUUAUAAAGGUGUCUUGUUUGAAAAGUAAAAUGUUAUUAUAAUUACCUGUUUAUUCGCUUCUUCAUCACAUUAAUAAUUAAACCUAAGUACUAAUUGAAUGAGACCUAAGCCAGUUGUGUCUGAAUAAAGAAUUACUAAGUAAAACGGGAAACAAUAAUUAGGAUUCUAAUUUUUACUAAGCUAAGUUGAUGUGCAAUGUAUAUGGCUGUCUUUCUUUUCUUCUUGCUGGCUAUUUCCAAGCUUAACAAAGAAUGUACCACUUUUAACACGAAUGACUGUUAUAUACUUAUAUAUUAUUAUUUUUCAGUAAUAGAAAAAAAAUAAUUCGAGUUUAAAAGAUUUGUAAAUAGUUAUAGAACUAACCUUAUAAGUUAAAUAAAAUAGUCAUUUUGGUGGUGAUAUAUUGUAUAAUAAUGUCUUUAGAUCUAAAUAUAAAUAUAUGUGUCGCACUUUUAGUGGACUGCUUUGGGUAUGAAGCAAAGUUUUUUUUAUGAACAUUUGACCUACUUUUUUCAAAUAAAUUAUACCAAUAAAAUUACCAAAAUUUGCAUUUAAAAUUUGAUUUGUCUUUCUUCUAUGUUUGUCAAUGAAUAAAAAAUUGACAGAGAGGAGUAUUCUGCUAGAGAGUAGUAAUAAAUGUCAAUUAUACGGAAGAUCGUUAACAUUUGAGUUUUUUAUAUUCUUGCUUUCUCAAAGUAAAAGUAGAUUUGUUUUAAAUGUUUUUAUUUUUAUUGUUGUUGGGUAAUAUGUAAUAUUUUCUCUAUACCAGUUCCACGUUCUUAAUUUAUUUCCGGCAGUAAUCAGCUGAAAUGUUCUGCCUUGAAGGGCCAAUUUUUUCGAGUAGAACGGCGAAUUCUUUUUUGUUUUGCUAUCUGACAGCUUCAAAUUCCGUAGUCAUGUAUUUUUCAGCAUUUUGCUCUUGCCAGUCUUUUCCUCAGUUCUUAAAUUCAGCUUUUCACGUCUCCCGAUUUUCAUUCCAAUUCAACUAUUAUUUUCAACUACUUUUUUAAAUGUCCAAUUCUUUGUUUGAAAUUGGCAGUUUGAAUUCCCCCAUUUCUCACAUAGGAUUAAAUGAAUCAAAGAGGUGUCUUCUAUAUCUGCAAAAUAGUCAGCCAUGCAAAAUAUAAAUGAAUGAAAUGCAAACUUCUUAAGAGCACCAUUUAAAGAUUUUUUUAUUCCAAAUCUCAUGACAGUUCGGCUUUUACUGUAGUAUUUGCAAUAGUUUAGCUAGCAGAAAAUGUAUUGGCAUUGGCUUCAAUCGAGCUGAAUGCCCGAAAAAGUGCCGCAUGUUCAGGGUUAUUAUGUGUCUACCCCUUAAAUUCAUAAGAUCUGUGGAACUUUUAUUGAAAUAAAGGUAGGAGCAAAGGUCUGUAUCUGCAAGGGCGAAGAGAUUCGGAAACUACUAUGGCCAAUUAUUGCAUUAAAUAGGAGUACGAAAAUUCAUGUAGUUCUUUGUUUGAAGUUUGACUUACGGAUAUUAGUGAAGAACCAAAUAAACGUUCAUUUAUUUGAUCUUAAAUUGUUUAAGAACCAAAACAUUUGAAAUAUAUUUUCAUGAAAAAUGGGUUAUAAAUAGGGGAUCAAAAUGGCAUCCGAUAAACUAAUAAAGCAAAUUGUCGAUUUGUUAACACGCAAUACUGGGUCCCUAAGUGAUAGUGCCCCUGCAUUUUGACCCCUUACAUUGACUUUCAUAUUUGGCUAGAAUUUAGUUACUCUGAAGAAUCUGUUGUCUGGUAGCUUAAACUGAUACCUGCUAGAUAAACUAGAUGGAAUAUAUAACUUUCUGUAGUGUCGUUUCCGAGGUCUUUUCAUUGCUUUCACUAAAAAGGGUUGGGGUGGAAAUAGUUAUAAAAUAUAUAUCUACCUACUGAUGUGAAAAAAGACGUUAGGCAUAUGGGUUUACUUUCCUGUUCUUACCUAAUUCGACAAUUGAGUAAUAGGACCAUUCACACUCGGUUUUUCCUUGGCCACAUACUUGAAUAAGGCUUAAUUAAUUAAAGGUGCUGUUAAGGGUAUUGAAUGCGCCGUUUAAAAUAUAUUGUAACGCACGUCGAACUAUACGACUCCCAACAAGUUAAUGCUAAUAAAGAUGCGAGGUUCAUCGCGAUUAUUGCAUUGGGCUACUGUUGGGCCGGUUGGCCUUGGAUCCUUCAUGAUAGCGAUUUAAAAUUUAUCGCAAAUCAGGCGGAGGAAAGAGCCAUAGGGUUUGCUGCGGGUAUAACAGAGACAGGCAAAAUGACAAAGAAGAAUUAAGUAAAUUUCUACAAAAAAAAACUAGAUGAUUUUUGGGAUUCUGGUUUGUGCUAUUGUAUUGCUAACACACAUAAGAUUGGCGCUAAAUAAAAAAGACACCAUAAAUUGAUUAAUUUUCUCGUUUUUUUCCAGUUUAAAUUACAUUUUUGUAAUUUUUCGAGAACUCGUUUCUAUUACCGGAUUUCUAAAAAGAUAGCGCCAUUCUUCCCUAUAUUAUAAAUCGAAUGCAAAAAAGAAAUUUGAUAUAACUUCAACUGCUAAAAAGUUACGUUGAAACUAAGAACGCAAUGCAUUCCUUGUUUCAUUCAUCUCAUUCCCACUAAGGAGUAUUAAUAGGGGGGGAAGAAUACAAUGAUAGACUGCGUUAGGUGCUUCGCGCAGGAAAAAAUAUUUUGGCAUCGAGGCGCAUUCAAUCCCCUUAAAACCUUAAAUACAAAAGUUGGAGGGUCUUUCGUGAAUUUUUUUAAUAUUCUUAAUAAAUAAUGAAGCGUCAUAUUACCGCUAUAGUUAUCAACGUUAUGAGAAUUUUUUUUUAAAAUCAAUCUGACAAUAAAUGGCACGUUCCUAUGGAAACAGUUGUACAGUUGUAGUUUCUAGGAAACUUGUAAAUAAUUACCUUGUUAAAGUUAUGUUUGGUGGCUGUUAAAAGUAAAACUUUCCAAUUUCAAUUCAGAUCCUGUUAUAAUUUUUUUUUUUCAAAAUUUGGGUGAUCAUGCUCGUCUGUUAUUUUAGCUAGCAUGUAUCAAAAGAUUCACUAGAGGCCCUGCAACUUUUGCAAUCAGCGUGUUCACCCAACACCAGUAAAUAGGCCGCCUGUGGUGGGGAAAAAAUUAUAGGAAAAAAAGCCGAUACCUACUCUUUCAUUGAAUACUUUGUUGAACAUCCUGUUCAUCCAGUGCUUUCAAAAAAUGAUUCAUUUAGUUGAUGAACAACAAUGAAAUCCAUCCUUCAAAUAUUCAUCAAUGACUGAAAAUUUGAGGAUGUUUCGCUUGAGAACGCUUUUUGCAAUUUUGUAUUAUUUAGGAUGGCACACGUAUAGUCCGUUGCAUGGUUCUUGACCUACGGCUACUGAAUAGACAGAGGGGACAAUGGGCUAUUGCUGUGUUGUCAGUUGUCGUAUCGAUAAUAUUUAUUAAUACAUGAAAAUUGCAAUAAAAUUUCCUUCAUUUUCAUGUUAUAAUAAACAUUAUUAUUGAUAUGACAACGCAGCAAUAGCUUAUUGUUCUUUCUGUCUAUUCAGUAGUCGUAGCUCAAGAACCAUGCAACGGACUAUAGGUAUGUAUUCCAGUUUAUAGGUUCAAUAAACAAACUGAAAUUAUUAUUACUACUCUAUAUUUAUUGUUGGUUAAGAAAAUAUUUAUGCAGUUUAUGUUAUCUGAUUUCCUGCUAGAGUUAUAUAUAUUUUCAAUUGAUAUAAAUAGGUUUAUUAGUUGCAACUUGAAUGUUUGAUUUUAUUCUAUGUACCUAGGUAUAUUUUGAUAACACAAGAAUGGUAAUAAAAAAUAUAGAUAUUACAGGUCUGUUUUGAUAUAGCUAUACAACCGCGUUUGUUUAUUUUUAGCCAAUUAAAUGUUGACUGUAA